AUGUCCGAUAAAAAGCAACUUAUCAUCAAUGCGUUCGCGAUGCAUUCGCCUAGCCACCUUAACCCGGGACUGUUCCGCCAUCCAGCCGACCAAGGCGCGAAUUACAAGAGUAUCAAGCACUGGAUUGAGCUAGCAAAGAAGCUCGAAGAUGCCAAAUUCCAUGCGAUCUUCUUUGCCGACGUCUUGGGGGGCUACGAUGUCUACAAAGGCCCGGCCAAUCUGGACCCAACCAUUCCAGCCGGCGCUCAAUUCCCCAUCAACGAUCCGCUCUACAGCAUCCCCGCCAUGGCAGCCGCAACAGAGAGCAUUGGAUUCGGAGUCACAGCAUCAACCACUUAUGACUCUCCCUACGCCCUGGCACGGCGCUUCUCCACCGUCGACCAUCUCAGCAAUGGCCGGGUCGGUUGGAACAUCGUCACUUCGUACCUCGACUCCGCGGCCCGAAACUUCGGCCUUGACACUCAGGUCGAGCAUGAUGAGCGCUACCGCAUCGCAGAUGAGUACCUGGAUGUCACCUAUAAGCUAUGGGAGGCUUCCUGGAGAGACGACGCGGUGACGUGGAAGCCCGGCCAGAGCAAGACCCAGGGAUACGCAGACCCGAAGGCUGUUCGCCAGAUCAACCACAAGGGCAAGUACUUCCAAGUGCCUGGUCCGCAUCUCUGCGAGCCGAGCCCUCAGCGCACUCCCUUCAUUCUGCAGGCUGGUACUUCAACCGCCGGCAAAGCCUUUGCGGCGAAACACGCCGAGGCUGUCUUCUUGCAUGCGCAGCAGCCCGAGCUUGUUCGACCCUCUGUUGAUAGCAUUCGCCAGCAGGCGUCAGAGAUAGGUCGCAACCCGCAAGAUAUCAAGAUUAUCGCGGGUGCGUUGGUCAUCGUUGCCGAGACGGACGAGGAGGCCCACGCCAAAUUUGACGAAUUGAAGACGUACGGCGAUCGAGAAGGAGCACUCGCUUUAUUCGGUGGCUGGACUGGGUAUGAUCUCUCAACAUACUCCGAUGAUCAGGACUUCCGCUUCGUGGAACAGCCCGCCGUGCGUAGCAUGGUGAACCACUGGGCUAGUACGGUUCCUGGCACCGAGGGCCAGAAGUGGGAUAAGAAGACCAUCGCCGAGUACUUGACCCUUGGAGGAAAUGGUGUCAAGAUCAUCGGUAGUGUGAAGACCGUUGCUGAUGAGUUAGAACGCUGGGUUAGUGUUGGUGAUGUCGACGGGUUUAACCUCAGCUAUGCUAGCCUGCCGGAUACUUUUGAAGAUGUGAUUCGUCUAUUGCUGCCAGAACUGCAGCGACGUGGAUUGUUCUGGUCUGAUUAUGCAGUGAAGGGCGGUACCAUGCGCGAGAACAUUUAUGGACAGAAGGGUCAGAACAGACUUCCUGAGGCGCAUCCUGGUGCCAAGUACUUCUGGCGCGAGGGUCAAGAAGUGCCCCCGUACACUUUGGAGUCGAAUUAG